UUUCAGGAAGGUGAUAUGGCAAUGAACUGCAUCAAGUCAUUGAGAAAUCUCCCUGUUACCGGUGGAUUAGGAUCUUCUAGAACGUUUGCUGCUGGGGCUAAAGCCAAGAAAGGCAAGGGCGGGGCCGCUGCUGAUGCUCCAAAACAGUCAACUUUAAGCAAAGAAGUCAAAUCCACAACUGUUGUCGGGGCAAAUAUCCUUAAAGAUGGAACCGACCCUAAAAUACUACCUGACUCUGAAUACCCGGAUUGGCUAUGGCACCUUCUGGACAAGAAACCGGCUUUGAGUGAGCUUAGAAGGAAAAAUAUAGAAACUCUCCCUUAUGAAGACCUAAAGCGGUUUGUGAAGCUCGAUAAUCGGGCAAGAAUCAAAGAAAACAACACUACCAGGGCCAAGAACUGAUUCAAGUUUAGAAUCAUCAAGAAUUUUAGG